UUAUAAUUUAAAGUAUUUAUUAACAUGGAAGAAACAUCGGAGACUCCUUCAGGAGUAUUCGAAGGAUACCUCAAGAAACACAAAACAGUCGGAGGUCUCACUCUGUUUACUGAGUGGACCAAGCGGUACUUCGUGCUCAACCUCGACAGCUUCACAAUGGUGUACUACAGAAACCGUAAAAAGAAAGGCAAGGCCAACCCUGUUCCGCUCAGAGAAAUGCUCAAAGUCGCAAGGCCUGAAGCUGAAGCCACUGAUACUCCUGUAGUAGGAGGCAAAGAGUGGGGGUACGAGUUCGAAGUUCUCACUCGCUCCAGACACUUCAGGUUCAAUGCAUACUCGUGGAACGACAGAGAAGUCUGGCAUAAAGCCUUCACUAAGUUGAUGGAGCACAAAUAAAAAGAUUCUGCUUGCCAGAGGAAUCACCAUGGAUGAGUCUGCGCUUCAUAAAGACAACCUCAAACAGAUUCCUGACAAAUACGACUUAAGAGACAGCGACUUCGGAGCCGGUGGAGGUGUAAUCACCAUUGCAGAAGCCUCUGAAAUGUACAGAGAUGAAGCCAUUCGCAACAUCGAGGAAGAAGAAGCCAGAAAGCUCGAGCAAGAAGAAGCUCAAAGGCAAGCAGAGGAAGGCGAAGGAGACCAAGCAGAGCCAGAACAAGACGCUCAACAAGAUCCCAGUCAAGACCAGCACUUGCCUGACGAGAACGGUGGCUCUGACCCCAAGAGUAACACCGAAGACGACGACAACAAGUUUAUGACUGAAGAAUCGUUCUUAGAGCGCAUCAAAGAAAUCCGACAUGAAGGAAGCCCUAGCAAGCGCAACAAGAAAGUUCCUAGCAAAGAGUCAGCUAAAGAUGACAGAGAAGACUCUGGUGGCGACAACUUCAACCACCCUGACAUUCCAAGCAUAACCGAUAUGUCGAAGAAAAGCAAGUCUGUGCGAGUCAAUUUGAAAAGAGCUAAAGACACUCAGGACGAACAAGCCGAUGGAGCAGGGACCCAGAGGAAACUCAACAUCAAAGCUAAAAAGAACAAACCUGAAGAUGGCACCAAAGUGGAGAGACUGGUCACAUUGCCUGAGCCUGAGAACAAAAGGCUGAACACAAUAGCGUUUGAAGGGCAAGAAAACCAGAAGAAGAAGUACGACUUUAACUUGGAGGACACGGAUCCAGAUUUGCAAUUUGAUCCGGCUCAAAUUAAGAAUAUUGUGACUGAACCUCGUGAAACUAUCAAGCUAGCUCCUGUAAAAGAAAGCAAACUCCAGACUAUUGCUCCUCCCCCAGAAAGAAAACCCGCAACGACCUAUACAAGUGGAUUCUUAAAGAAUAAUAACUAUAACGACUUAGCCCAAGCUUUUUAUCCAAAGCCUCCACAACCAAAGAGAGAGCCAGCCCAAAGGAGACAAAUGACCAUGGACAGCCCAUCCAAGAAUAUUCAAAAAGAACACCCUUUAUUAAACAAGUGGGAGAAACAAUAUGGUGGCAUCAAAGAUAGACAAUUCUUAGUAGAAGAUGAUCCUGAAGAUCAUCAUUUUACCGAUAGGAAUAGGAAAUUGAGCAGUUUCAACAACCCAAAUCACUUCGGAGGCAACACCUAUGCCGAUGAUAUUCCUGAAGAGCUUCCAGAAGAACCUAAUGUAAAAGUAUACGUUGAGAAUCCUUUACUUGAAAAGAAGAGAAAUAAAUUAGAGGCUUCUAAUUCUCAGAAGGAAUUUGAAUUUGACUGGGAUGAGGAAGAGAGCAUGUCCUAUCUGAAGAAACUUGGUGAUGAAAACUUUAAAGAAAAUUAUCAUAAAUAUGGAAGCAAGAAUGGUCCUGUAAAGCCACCGCUUAAGACAAUUAACGAAAGAGAAGAAAAGGUUCCCAGAAAGAAUAAACACAAGAGAUCAUCUAAGAGCAAAGUCAAGACAGAGAGAAGAAAGGAGAGGAACUUCAGGUCUGUUGCUCCCAAAUUCGUUGACGACUGGGAUGAUUAA